AUGAAGAAGAAAGUGGACGGGCGCAUAAAAACGCUGGUGGAGAACAACGUGGCGCUGGGGCAGCGGAGCAUGUUCCUGGUGGUGGGGGACCAGGGGAAGAACGUCGUGCUGAAUUUUUACUUUCUGUUGAACCGGCUGGCCAGCAGGACGCACAGCAUCCUGUGGUGCUACAAGAAGAGGCUGGAUUUCUCGACGAGCAAAAAAAAGAGAUUUAAAGAAAUGAAGAAGAAGAUAAAGAAGGGGACCUUCGACGCAACCAUUGAUAGUAAUUUUGACUCAUUUUUAAAAAGUGCCAACGUGAGGUUUUGCUUUUAUAAUGAGACGAAGAAAGUGUUGGGCAAGACCUACUCCAUGUGCGUGCUUCAGGACUUCUCCUAUAUAACCCCAAACGUUUUAUGCAGAUGCAUAGAGACAGUAAUCGGCGGGGGCAUCAUCCUCUUCCUCUUGAAUAAGCUAGAUGACGUGAAAAACAUUUAUAAGUUAACCCUAAACUGCCACAAGAAGUACACGCAGAAUGGCAUUUCCGAGGUGCAUAAUAACUACGUCACGAGGUUUUUUCUCUCGCUCAACCGGUGUAGAAACGCCAUGUUCAUCGAUGAUGAGAUGAACAUUUUACCUCUGAAUGAGAACCACCUGCAUGUGAAGAAGGUGGUGGUGAAGGGAGGAGGGGAAGAAGACGCCAAGCAGGGGGGAGCUGCCUUAAGUGGCCCCCGCGCGGCCACGCUGGGCGGGCACCUCUGCCCCGACAAGGAGGAACUGAGGAAGCGCCUGGCCGAGUUGGAGGCCAUUUGCGAGGAAAACGAGAGGCGGGCGGAGGAGCGCCGCCGCUUCCUCCUCUCCGCGAGGGUUUGCGGUGGAGAUGCAGAAGGCGAAGCCGGCCGAGUUGGCAAAGAAAGCGGCAAAGAAGCCGUUUCCCCCGCCGCUGUCGCCGCUUCCACCGCCGACCCGUACGCCUUCCUGGGCAGCCCCGUCAUGAACCUGCUGCGGAUCUGCCUGAGCAUCGACCAGCUGGAGGCCCUGCUGAACAUGUGCAAGUUGCUGCGCAACGACGAGGAGAGGAAGAGGCAGCUGAAGGAGGUGCUCAUCAGCCUGCUCGCCAACCGAGGGCGCGGCAAGUCCGCCACGCUGGGGCUGCUAAUCGCCCUCAGCAUCUACUUCAAUUACACCAAUGUCAUUCUCUGCUCGGGGAACGAUGACGGCAUGCAGACCAUCUACGAGUUCAUCGAUGAGGGACUUCGCCUCCUCGGCUACAAGGAGUUCAUUCACUAUGAGAGGGUCUACCUCCUAGGAAAGUUAAAAGAAAUAAUCAUUUUUAAAGACCCUCACAAUCAAAGUCGUCUGAAGCAGAGGGUUCGCUACUUUAACAUUUUAGAAGAAGACUUGGUAAACUCAGAGCUAAUGAUAAUAGAUGAAGCGGCUUGUAUCCCCAUCGACGUUUUGAAGGGAAAAAUAAAAGGAGAGGUCACCAUCCUGUCGACCACCCUGAAUGGGUACGAAGGGACAGGCAAAACGUUCAUCUUCAAAUUGCUAAAACAGCUAAAGAAAAAAUUCGUCACCCAAUUGACGUAUGGCGAGUUUAAAGAAAUGAAGAGACUCUACUUCGAGAGGGCCUUCAUCGAGGUGUCCCUGGACACCCCCAUCAGGUACAGCUAUAACGACCAGGUGGAGGCCUGGCUGAAUGACUUCCUCUGUCUCAACUGUAAUGAGCCCUUCAAACUGAAGAACUCCCUCUGCGCCCCCGCCAACACGCAGCUCUAUUUUGUUGAUAAACAUGUCUUCAAGCGAUUUAGCAAAACGAGCGAAAGCUUGCUCAGAAAAAUUAUGACCCUCUUCGUCACCUCCCACUACAAGAACACCCCCAACGAUUUGAUUAUGAUUUUGGACUCGCAGCAGCACCACCUCUUCCUCUUGCUGAGUGGGAGCGGCGGGAGCGGCGGUCUGGAUGGCAGCCUGGAUGGUGGCGGCGUGGACGAGCUCGACAUCUACGGCGUGCUGCACUGCGCCAUCGACGGCGUCGUGCGCCCCCCCCCGGGCCGGCGCCUCGUCAAGCUGCAGGACCUGCUGCAAGGGGGGAAGCAGCGCGACGGGGGGAGUGAAGAAAGAAAUGGGCAGAGGAGCGACCAGAAGAGCAGUCAGAGGAAUGGCCAUACGAAUGGCCAGACGAAUGGGGAGAGUCACGCCGACCAGAACCAACAUGGUGACUGCCGACCGGGGGAGCCCUCGGAGGGCCACACAAAAGAACACACUGCAGACGCAGCCCCCGCCGCUAAUCACCCGAUGGCCAACGAAUUCGAGGGCAACCUGAUGCCCUACCUAAUCACCGAACACUUUGACUAUCACUUCUACCACUACGUAGGAAUACGGGUGGUGCGCAUCUCCAUCCACCCCUCCAUCCAGAAUCUGAAUUACGGCUCGCAGUUCCUGCGGAAACUCAUCGAUUACUACAGUUUGUAUAAUGGACGGGGUCGGGGGGGUGGCUCUCCCUACCGGGAGAACGUCAUUCUGUACCGCUGCAGUGGUGGCAGCGGUGACAGCGGCGGAAGUGGCGGACGCGGCGAGGGUGGCCAGACAGACGAGGCAGCCGCAACGGACGGGACAACUGCAACUAACGGGCGCGUCUUCCUCGACCCGCAGCUGAGCCGCGUGGACUACGUGGGCACGUGCUUCGGCCUGACCAAGGGGCUGCUGAUCUUCUGGCAGAAGAACGGCUUCACCCCCGUCUACCUGAAGCAGCAGAGGAACGAAAUCACCGGGGAGUUUAGCCUCCUCAUGGUGAGGCACUUAAGCAAAAAUUUGAAGAAAGUCUUCGCCAAUUUCCACCUAGACUUCGUGCGCAGCUUCUGCAGCCUGCUGCCCUACGCCUUCAGGCGGCUCGAGUCGUUCGUCGUGUUUAACCUUCUGCACAACAACCCAGUCGCGCUGGCGCGGCCCACGCGCGAGCAGCUCCUCCUCCCCAGGGGGAAAGCGGCAAAUGAAGGAGAAAAGGAAGUGGUAGCAAAAGGAGAAGCGGUAGCCGACAGGGAAGCGGUAGCAGACGGGGAAUCGGUAGCAGACGGGGAAUCGGUAGCAGACGGGGAAUCGCUAGACGAGGAGGACCCGGACCACUGCGCCUGCUUCUACGACGACGAGCUGCUGAGCCAGGAAAACCUCUUCUACUUCUUCCACCCCAACGACCUCUGCCGCCUGAAGCGGUUCGUCAUGGAGGCCAAGCCCUUCGCCGACGUCCUGUACCUCAUGCAGACCGUUGCCAACUUAAUUCUCUUCCGGAAGGUCCCCAUCCAACUCACCUUCCUGGAAUACACCGUGCUCUACGCCGUCUCCCUGCAGAAGAAAAGCUGCCAAGAAAUCUCAGCCGAAAUCAGCAUUAACGUCAACCAGACCACCGCCCUCCUGCGCAAGAUCCUCCACCGCGUCUACACCUUUCUGAAGGACCUCAUGCAAAGGGACAUCGAACAGAAAGUGGAGGCGCAGUUCAGCCAGAAGCUCCACAAGCAGAAGAAGCGCGCGCGCCAGGUCGAGCUCCCCUCGGGGGAGUACAUCGACGAGCUGCACAGGAACACCCGAGUGGUGGCCAAGAAAAGCAAGAAGGAGAAGCGAGCCCUCCUGCGCGAGUUUAGCCUAUCAGGAACCGUGAAAAGGAAGCAAAUCAAGGUCAAGACAAACGACGACGCUGAUCCCCCCAAGGAUGUAGUCCCCAGCUGA